UCCGCAACGAGACCGACGAGACGCGUGCUCGUUCUCAGACGGAGAGGAUGUGUAAGUGCAUGCACGCCAUGAAGCCGACCGACGCGGAGAAGCAGGAGGCGAAGAACCACGCCCGAGAAUGCGCCGACGGGAAGUUCCAAGUCCCCGACCCCCCCGAGGACCGGGAGCACCAGCAGCACCAGCAGCACCAGCAGCGGGAGCACGAUGCCGACCCGAAUGCCCCCGUCGACCUCCAGUCGUGCCAGCGUCGUCUUCGAUUCCUCUACCGCCAACAGCGCCAGGAAAUCCGGAAGAUCCAGAAACAGCUGAACGACGACGAGGAGGCCCAGGUCCUCCAGGACUACGGAUCCUGCAUCGUCCGGAAGCUCAAAUUGGUGACGGACGACGGCAGACAGAUACGGCGGGAAUUCUUCACGGAGGAGAUCGACAAGAAGUUCGGCGCCUAUCCCGACAUCAAGCGGGGACUCCUGGAGAAACUGAACGGGGAAUGCUCCCAAUACACCAAGGGAGAGGACUGGGAGAAGAUGGUGAAUUGCCUGUGGCAGUACUGCGCCGCGGCGUGAAAAGCUGGAAUCCGAGUCCCUUCCGUCUUCCGUCUUCCGGCUUCCCUUCAUUCUUCCGGCUUACCUACCGUCUUCCGAUUUCCCUUCUCUUGCAUUUUUUUUCCGUGUUGCUUUCAUCUCGCGGGAAUAAAUUUUCCUUCCUUCUCGAGAA